AUGACCAAGCAGGCCGACUACGACGCCGUCAAGAAGGACAUCAUCGCCGUCCUCAAGCAGCCCGAGUACGACGAUGGCUCGGCGGGACCCGUCCUCGUUCGUCUCGCAUGGCACGCAAGCGGCACCUACUGCGCCGAGACGGACACCGGCGGAUCCAACGGUGCCGGUAUGCGAUACGAAGCCGAAGGUGGUGACCCCGCCAACGCCGGUCUGCAGCACGCUCGUGUCUUCCUCGAGCCCAUCAAGGAGAAGCACUCGUGGAUCACCUACGCCGACCUCUGGACGCUUGCUGGUGCCGUAGCUAUCGAGGCGAUGGGCGGUCCUCAGAUCCAGUGGAAGCCUGGCCGCACCGACUUUGCAGACGACUCGCGCCUUCCACCCCGCGGUCGACUCCCCGACGGUGCCCAAGGUGCCGACCACAUCCGCUUCAUCUUCUACCGCAUGGGCUUCAACGACCAGGAGAUCGUCGCGCUCUCGGGCGCCCACAACCUCGGCCGAUGCCACUCGGACCGUUCCGGCUUCGAAGGCCCCUGGGUCAACUCGCCCACCCGCUUCUCGAAUCAAUACUACAAGCUGCUGCUCAAGCUCAAGUGGUCGCCCAAGAAGUGGGAUGGACCGUUCCAGUACGUCGCCAAAGCUCCCGGUGCCGACGAUGACGACGAGCACCUCAUGAUGCUCCCCACCGACUACGCGCUCAUCCAGGAUGACAAGUUCCGCCCCUGGGUCGAGAAGUACGCCGACGACAGGGACCUCUUCUUCAACGACUUCGCCAAGGUCUUUGCCAAGUUGAUGGAGCUCGGUGUCUACAGGGACGAGAGCGGCAUCGCCAAGGCGGACAAGAUGAAGGCGUACAAUGCAGAGUACAAGUCGGCGCCACAGAAGUCGUCCAAGCCCGGCGCGCCGGGUGCCGGCAAGGAUGGUGAGGCGGACCCGCUCGCGAGACAGAACGCCAAGGCGCAGAGACAGGCAAGGCUUUGA